AUGGUUGACGGGUACCACUCAGUUCCAGUAGGAGGAAUCAUGGAGUUGAAAUAUUUUUUCGUGACUGCGGCAUACAUUCUGACUACCUGUGAUCUGGUGCUGAGUGCUAAUACGAUUAUAAAUGUAACACUGGUGGAUGGAGAGACACCAAACGAAGGACGUGUAGAAUACUUCAGAUCAGAAGAUUCUACCUGGGCUUCAGCUUGUGGAGAUGGGCUCGCUUCUGCGGAAGCACCAGUUGUGUGCAGACAGCUCGGAUACCCGGGAGCCAAUAACUUUUUAGCUCAGUGGCCUUAUGGAGAUGGAACUACUGUUGCACAGGAUCGAUUGGACUGUGAUGGAAAUGAAGAGAAUCUUGCCGAUUGCUCACUGGUAUCCACAACAUUCUGCACUAACAAAGGAGGAGUAAUUUGUUACGAGAGUGGAUACACAGGAUGUUAUCCUUACCCUGCAUCAGCCAUGUCAUCGCUUGGAGAUUUUCAAACUCUUUGUGAAAAUGGACUUCAGGACUCGACUAUACCUAAUUGCGUAAGCUUGUGCCAUGACAGCAAUGGUAUCUACACCUAUGCUGGUUUGUACAAAGGAAACAUGUGCUUAUGUGGGAAGGCAUCAACAACCAUCGAUCAAUCUACAAAGGAAGCUGAUAGAUUAUGCUCCUCUCCGUGUACUGGAAGAACCAUUGAAACAUGUGGAGGAGCCAAUCAUAUUGCACUGUUCAAUAUCACAUUGUAUCUACAAAAUACCAAACGGACUGCCAGUCCUCCAGGAUGUGCCGAACCGACCCCAACUCAAACCGGAGGUGAGUCUGAUCAUUACUAA